AUGGAUUUUUGGAACCUUUUUGUUGUUGCAUUAAUGCCAGUUCUCAAGGUACUGUUGAUUACUGUUGUUGGCACAUUACUUGCACUUAAUCGAUUUGGCAUACUCAAGGAAACUGCCAGAAAAAACUUGAAUACCAUGGUAUUUUUUGUCUUCGCUCCUGCUCUUGUUUAUAGUAGCCUGGCUGAAAGAAUAACUUUAAGGAGCAUGGUGAUGUUGUGGUUCAUGCCAUUGAAUGUUCUUCUCACAUUUAUUAUUGGGACAAUUUUUGGAUGGUUACUUGUUAAAAUAAUUAGAGUUCCUCAUGAUCUUCAAGGCCUUGUAUUGGGGUGUUGUGCUGCAGGAAAUCUGGGAAAUUUGCCUCUUAUCAUAGUUCCAGCUGUUUGCAAAGAAAAUAGUCCUUUUGGAGAUGUUGAUGUUUGUUACAAAAAUGGAGUAGCAUAUGCUUCUCUAUCAAUGGCAUUAGGAUCCUUUUGCAUUUGGACUUAUGUGUACAACAUUGUCCGCAUAUACUCACACAAAAUUACCAAUGAAGUCAAAGUUGACGAUUCUGCUAUGAAUCCAGUGUCUGCAAGUACAACAGAAACUGAUCCAGAAAAUGUUUCAACAUGUUCCACAGGAGAAUUGGUUAUUGUGGAUAAUAGAUCACAGACUAAAGAUCAUGUGAAACAAUUUGAAAUUGCUUGUACAGUGCCUGAUGGACAAGCUAAGGUACCCAAAAAGGAAAAGAUUAUGAAACAGCUGAAAAUAUUAGCUGAAAAGAUCAACCUGAAGGUACUAUUUGCACCUGCCACGAUUGCAACGAUUGUUGGUUUAACAAUUGGUAUAGUCCCUCAAUUUCGAAAACUAUUAGUUGGUAACAAUGCUCCUCUCCAUGUGGUUCAGGACUCUGUAGUCAUGCUUGGAGAUGCAGGCAUUCCAGCAAUGACCUUAUUAGUGGGGGCAAAUCUAAUUAAGGGUUUAAAAGGAAUAAGAAAGCAGCUUCCACUUGUUGUUGGCAUUACUUCGGUUAGAUUCAUUGCCUUGCCAGCAAUAGGAAUAGGCAUUAUUAAAGGUGCCAUUCAUUUUGGCUUGAUCCACCCUGAUCCUUUGUAUCAAUUUCUUUUACUUCUUCAAUUUGCCCUUCCACCUGCGGUAAAUAUAAGUACGUUUACUCAAUUAUUUGGAGCUGGUGAAGGUGAAUGCUCAGUUAUCAUGUUAGCAACUUACUCUUGUGCUGCUGUUUCGCUUACACUAUGGUGCACAUUUUUUAUGUGGCUUGUACUAUAA